UUACCAUAACAGCUACAGAGAGUAGACAUUCGAAGAACGUUUAUAGCAAAAACUGCAACAAAAAAAGAAAACAAAUUUGUUUAUUUUGAGCUUCUUGUGCUUUUUAAGUUACAAAAUUUAAAAGCAUACAUCAGAAAAUGUUUUAAAGAUUCAUUUUCAGCUAGCUGUUUGUUCACUUUAACAGUAAAAAUCAGUCUCAUGCAUCUAAAGAUGCUCAUCAUAAAAUUUGAAAAUCAUGACAAAGUUUAUUUAUUUCAAUAAUUCCAUUCAAAAAGUGAAACUUGUAUAAUAGAUUCAUUCGUUACACGGACUGAUAUAUUUCAGAUGUUUUUUUUUUCUUUAAUGUUGAUGAAUGUAACUGACAACGAAUGAAAAUCCCAAAUCCAGUAUUUCAGAAUAUUGUGAAAUGGUUCAAUAUUGAAGACCCCUGGUGCCAUACUCUAAUCAGCUAAUGAAUUCAAAACACCUGCAAAAGCCUUUAAAUGGUCUCUCAGUCUAGUUCUGUAGGCUAUACAGUCAUGUGGAAGACUGCUGACUUGACAGAUGUCCAAAAAACAACCAUUAACACCUUACAGGUUUUAGAGGUUUGCAGGUUUUGUUUGCUGGUUCAAGAUGGUGCCAGUGGGCUUGGCUGGCCGUCUUUCUCUGCAAAUACUGCUUGUGUUUUUAAUGUUUUUUUUUUUUGUUUGUUUGUUUAAUGAGCCAUGUUGCUGACUCUCUGCUGGUGUUUGAGUGCCAUACGCUUCUGGACCUUCAUUUUUCUUCUGUGUCCCUGCGUGGACUGGUGGGUGACUGUAGGCCCCACCCUGUCAAAGAAACGCUGGUGAAGCGACUCUCAGAGUCCAAAUGAGUCUGCUUCACCAAACCUUAUGAGGGGAGGAGACGUUGGAUCUGGAGAUUACCCCCACAGGCAGGAUUAGAAAGUUUAGAGUAAUCCAAUUUUUUAUGUCUUCAAGACAAGCCUGUAAUCUAACUGAUUAGGUUCAUCAGGGGGCAUGGGCUUUUCUGGUUACAGUCUACCUGGGGUCCCUGUGCUCUAGGGUAGCUCCUGGAUCUCUGGGACUUGGAGCUCCCUCCAUUUCCUACACAUCUUUGGGGGACAGAUCUGUGGCUCCUCACAUUCUCUAUUGGACGCUCCUAUAGAGAAACCUUACAUAUACAAGCGCAGGUAUGCACACAGGUGCUCACAUGGUGCUCAUAAGUAUAGACUUGGGCACGUUCGACACAUGUCUUAAGGCUGUGGUUGGCCCUAAUUGCACUGUGAUUUAUUAUUGUAUGAUUGUUCAGUAAAACAAUGUUUAUUUUAUAUUUCCUCAUCAGGUUGAUGCAGUGAUAGCUUUCUCUUGUUGUAUUGUUGUGUGUCCCCUUCUUUUUUUUCUCCUUCUGCAGGUCUAGAAGCAGACUCUUGUUCAUCAUUGACUGUUUAUCAGGGCCUGCAGUAAUCACAGGGUCUAAUUGUGAAAUUUUUACUCUUUGUCCCUUUCUGAAGUCUAAGGCUCACUUUGGUCUUGUCCUCGGGGGCUGCCAACUCCUGAUUUAUGGGGAAGGGUUCCAGGACAGCUACUUUAAAUUACACGGCCCUUAAAGCAGAGCAAAGAGAGACAGCAAGAGGCUGAAUCGCCACUCUGAAAGCAGUUAAUUGCCAGGAUGAGUCCAACCUGCAAGAGAUAAGAAGGUUCGUGGAUAACUGCAGACAAACCAUUAUUAAGUAAAGAAAUUCUAAUCAAUACUUCUAUGGAGCACAAUAUAUAAUGGUGAAUUUGAGGUCUUGCACACUUAUGUCAAUUAGCUUUAUGUAAUUUAAUACAUUUUUAUUUUUUUAUUUACAAAACUACUCAAUUAUUUUAAAUGUUUUGGCAAAAAAAAUUAUAAUAAAGACAAAGAUUUUAACCAUGUAAUGCAGAUGAAUGACACACUUUAAAAAGUAUUCAGGUAUAAAGGUACAUGUUUUCAGACAUCAGGGGUUACGACGCCUUUGAAUGAUGUGAGGAAGAGUCAGAGCAGUAAGAGGAGGAGGUGACAGUGCCAUUUCCCCGCAGGCCACCCAUAAACCUGGAAAACGAGAGGAGUGCAUCAUUCCUCACAAGUGAUUGUACCAUGUGACUUCAAGAGCUUUAAAAAGCAGACCAACCUGUCUUUUUCAGGUACAAGUAAUCACAGUUGAACCGAGGAGUCAGAGGAAGAAACUGUCUGGGCUGUCAGGGCAGCAGCAACCACGACAGCCCCCCAGAAAGUUGAGGGAGUGCUUGUAGGAUCAACCUCUCAUCACAGUAUCUGCAAAAUUAUCAGGACAAACCAGCACUGAUUUGUGUAGAGGAUCCAUUUACACAAUGAGCUGCAGCAGCGUUGAAGGCUCUGAGUUUUCAGAGGAAGACCUUGAGAUUGACAUGCUGGGACACGGUGACGAUGAGGGAACUUCCAAGGCAUCUUUCCAAGACAGCGAGAAUUCAACUAACAGCCCCAGCGAUCCGGAGGAAGGUCAGACCAAAAAGCGCAAUCGACCAGUUCGCUCAAAAGCUCGAAGGAUGGCUGCUAAUGUACGUGAGCGAAAGCGCAUACUGGACUACAACCAAGCCUUCAAUGCUCUUCGUGUUGCGCUGAAUCAUGAUCUUAAUGGUAAACGACUUUCUAAAAUUGCCACACUUCAAAGGGCUAUCAAUCGCAUCUCUGCUCUUUCAGUUUUUCUAAGUUCAAAUCCUCCCAACAAGCCUUGCAUGCAUCGGGAGUGCCACAGGCCAUCUGGGGGACAAGCUGUGAUGGGAGCAUCCCGACUAGAGCAGACCAGAGUUACUCUUCCCCGCUUGGAGCAUCAAGUCUACAUCCCUUGGCAUGCAUCUCAUUCUCAACAGAUGCAGCCACAACAAGGAGUCCACAUGCACCAUUUUUCCAUGGAUCCACAUGUUUACAUGGAGAACACUUUGUCAUCAUGUCCACCGUCACCACACUACCCUUGUUAUCCCACUGAGGGACACUUCCACCCUUCACACGGACACUGCAGCAGCCCAGACGAUCACCGACCUAGUCCACUGCACUACCCUCAGGUGUGUGAGGGGUUGGGGUGUCAGCCUGGGAUGUGGGCCUCCUGUUCUCAGGGAUAUCUGGACAACUUUGUGGAGCCAACUCACACUCUUGGACUUCCGUGGCAAGUGGGCUACCUGGAGGAGUCAGAGCACAGCCUUCCCUCUGUGUCCUGAUGUACUGUAGCAAGUAUUAACCCUUUUGGUGAGCCCUUGAGAUCAGACUCAGAAAGAAUGUAAAGAGUUUCUGUGACAUAACACUACAACUGUCAAACAGAGAUAGGUUUGAAUACAUGUCUGCAGAAUGCUGCACAUGCUGGAAACACUUUUCUGACCUGAAUCUGACUGCAGCAGGAAGUUUAAAUCACUGUAUGCUCUAGUCAUCAAAGAAUCGUUUUAGUUUUUAACUAAAUGUCCCACUGCUGAAUGAACAAACAUAACAAAAAAAUCGACUGGUUUCUUCACUGUUCGUCAUCUUAAAGUUGCAUCUAAUAUUAGCAAAUUAAUAUUUAUUUUUGUUUUAUUAAAAUUACCUGCUGUUUUAUUCAUGUAAACAGUUUCAUUUUCACUGCAGAACUUUAAAAUGCAAAAUGUUCAGCCGUGAUUGUUUUUAAUAAAAGUGUUGACGUAAA